AUGACUAUUGAGCAGCUCAUGGGUUUGCAAGCUAAUCUGAUGCAAGCCAUGAUGAACCGCAUGAACAAUGAACCAGUAGCAGCACCACCGCCGGUUCAAGUCCGUGACAAGCGUGAGGAGUUCUUGAAAGGACGUCCCUCGGUGUUCACCCAUGCCUCUGAUCCACUGGAGGCAGACGACUGGUUAAAAGCAGUCGAGAAGCAACUGAACAUAGCCCAAUUCACCUGGAAGGAAUUUACUGAAGGGUUCAGGUCCCAUCAUAUUCCGGAGGGCCUGAUCGAACUGAAGGCAGAAGAGUUCUGGUCUCUCAAGCAGGGAUCGAUGACAGUCAGUGAGUAUCGUGACAAGUUUGCACAACUGUCACGAUAUGCUCCAUAUGAGGUGGCCAGGGACUCUGACAAGCAGCGCCUCUUCCUGAAGGGUUUGUAUGAUGGAUUGCAGCUGCAGCUGAUGAGCAACACCUAUCCUUGUUUUCAAGAAUUGGUGAACCGCGCUAUUGUCAUCGACAACAAGCGCAAGGAGAUGGACGCGAAGAAAAGAAAACUCCAGGGGCAGCCAUCGGGCAGCAACACUCGCCCACGUGCAUAUCCUCAGCAGGGAUUCCCUCAGUGCAGUCAAGGACCACCGAAUCAGUGGAACCGUGGUCAGUUUCCUCAGCGUCCCCAGUACCACCAGCAGUACAGCCAGCAGAACCAACAACGUCCCCAGCAGUAG